AUGGUUAUGGAUUUCUGUUAUAACAAGCUGAUGGGCAAUGGCGCCGUCGCCAGUAAGUUCCGACUCACGACAAAGGUGCAGCUGAAUCAAUCAAACCUCCGGACUCCUUUGCUACCGAAGGAGAAUCUAUUCGAUGAUCUCAAAACACCAGCUCUGAUUGUCUCGGGAGAACCAAGAGUUUUGCCUCCGUUAUCAGGCAAAGCAAAGUCAAAGUCAGAGUCAAAGCCAGCGUCAAAUUUAGAUUCAGAUUCAAAAUCAAAAUUUCAUUCAAAGUCAAAGUCUAGCUCGCCCGAAGUCGAGAGCACCAGCAGCCAUCACCCAAGUAAUUGCAACAGAUGCUAUCGCCUCAAGAAGAAGUGUAGCAGGACCUAUCCAAAAUGCUCGCAUUGCGAAAGAACGGGAUCCGACUGUGAAUACGUGGACAGGAGCAAGAAACGGAGAAAAACCAACGAAGGCUCUGGCGUGGAAACAAGUGCAGGUGCAGGUGCAGAUGCAGACCUCAAUCAAGAUGCGCCGAUUCUCCCGGCGUUGAAUCCUCAUCAUCACCAUCAUCAUCAUCAUCAUCAUCAUCAGCCGAUUGCGACAAAACUUCCAGGAUUCAAGCUGAUGUCUGUGUCUUCUUUGUUAGCAAACGACGCAGCAACCGAUGAAAGUAUAAGAGCGAGGGAAAUGCAGAAGAAUUUCCAAAUCCCUACUGCUGCGUUGGCAUCCAGUGCAAGGCGGGCGAGGGAGAGAGUUAAGGACAACAUUGUCGACAAGAUCAACUUUAAAAUCACUUCAAACAGCGUGGAGUCAAAUAAGUUAAAGGAUGAGUUUAUCGCCAUCAGAGGCAUAACUGACAAGAGCUUGCCCAUUACUUUUGCUUUGAAUUUCUUUGAGAAUUUUGGACACAAGUACCCGUUUGUCAACAAGGACGACUUUUUGAGCCGACUUGGCAAGAUUGAUUUUAGCAAAGACUCGAUAGUGAACUUGGACGUCUACCUCCUAUUGAGUAUCGGGUGUGUCUUGUAUGACAUGAAGUGCUUGACGGGCAACUACGAAAGCUACUUCAAAACCAAGAGCAGCGAAAAUAUCCUCGACAUUCUUGAUUUAUCAUUUGCAGCGUUCAACCCGGAAGUGUUUGAGCUUUUGCUUUUGUUGUCCUUGUACGGGGUAACGAGAUUUAAACUUGACUUGGUGUGGAACCUAGUGGGGAUACUAAACAGAGCUAUUGUUAAAUUUGAGUUGCAUAAAAAGCUCGACGAUAUUCGAGUUGAGAGAAUCUUUUGGUCAACGCACAACUUGGAUAAGGAAUUAAGCGUGCUAGUGCGAAAACCGUCCCAGUUUCCCAAAUACGACUACUUUGAGGACAGGGCCAUCACCAAUAGCGUCUACUCGGAGGAAAACUUGGCGCUAAUCAAUCACUACAUCUCGCUCGCGAAAAUUCAAGAUUCGUUGGUGGACUCCAUUCUCAAAAACACGAGUGCAGAGUUGAAAAAUAUCUCGGGAGCCUUGGGACGCUGGGUUGGAAGUUUGACCAAGGACGUUAGCUUGAAGUACGUUUCUGAGCCCCAUUUGCAGGACUUGAUCCCCUUUGCCAACGCUCAAAGCUACUACUUGCAAACCGAAAUGGACCAGCUUUCCACGACCAAGAGCUUCCAAUUCCCUUCGCAGUUUAUCUUCUACUCCUUCACCUUGUUGAUUGCCGCUUCCGACAAAUCAGCCGCAAGCGAUAAAAAGCAGAGCACCAAGUUGGCGAUUGUCGCCUCUGGGUUUUGGUAUUUGCAGCUCUUUAACGUCAUCAAGUACAGCAUCGGCUGCCUUGGCCAUUUCAUCAGCUCCGAGGAUGAGGAAGUCAGAGCCCGAGUGAUUGAGUUUCAUGGAUUUUUACAGCAGGCUGUGAAUCUAUUGAAGUACUUGAGAGGCAGCAAGACUUUUUCCACCUUGGAAGGGUACAGUAAAAUAGAUGAACACGUCAACGAGUUGAUCACCAUUUUGGAAAGUCUAAGCAUAAAACUAUUGAGCUUAGAGGAUGGCGAGGAGAGUGCGAUUUUGGACUUGUUGAAGCAGAUCAAUAAGGAAGCAAGCUUUGGUCUGUGA